GCGCUUCAUCCUCUCCUAAAAAAAUCACAAUUAAUUUUGCGCACAUGCACCUGACACACAACUGAAACUCCUAUCUUAUCGAACACCAAACAAAACAAAGGCGGUACUAGGUACUGAUAAGCGUGAAAAAUUCCAGUCAAGUACAAAAUGUCUUUUCGUUUGGCCAUCCUCCUGCUACCCCUCGCGGUGGCUUUUGGUGAAGACAUCUGUCAAACCUGUAGUUGCAAAGCAAAAGCCAACGCCCAGAUCUACACAAUAAACUGUGCCAACAAAAGCCUAGACCACACUCUAACAACCUGGCCGCCCCAAAACAACACAAUAAUCGCAAACUUCGCCGGCAACAACCUAAGGACACUUGAGCCGCUUCCACCAACAAAUGCCAGUGUUGAGAUAAUCUUGUCACGGUGUAACAUCAAAUACCUACAAGCCGCACUAUUUGCCGCUGCGCCAAACGUCAAAUUCGUUGAUCUUAGUUACAAUCAAUUGCCAGCCGAAGAAAUAGCCUCGGAAAAGUUUAGGGGACCGAUCAACAACACCGAGUAUCGGCCAAUCGCCGUCGAAAACCUAAACCUGGCCUACAAUCAGAUCCACAGCCUGGGCAUGAACGUUUUCGAACAUAUGCCCAACUUGAAAAUACUUAAUUUGGAAGGUAACGACUUUACCAUGUUGGAUAUACACACACAACUGGCAUUGACGUCGGUUAGGCAACUGCAGAGUCUCAACCUGGCCAAUAACGAAUUAACUGAAAUGAUCGCCGGUGCCAUUCAGACUCACAAAAACUUAACCGAGCUGAAUUUAUCGAACAAUUUGCUUGAUUUCGUCCCGUCUAGUUUAGCCCAGAUUGGUCAAAGUCUGCAAAUACUCAACCUGGACAAUAACCCGAUCAUUGAAUUGACAUCUGAGUCGUUUCUAGGCCUCGGAAAUAUAAUCGAACUGUCGGCUAACAAUUUAACAAAACUGAAAUACGUCAAUGCUAACACUUUUGCCUCCAUGCCGAAACUAAAAAAACUGAGUCUCUCAAACAAUUUCCAUUUGAGGGACAUAGACCGCGAGGCUUUCGCCGCUAACCAAACCCUCGAAGAGUUCUAUUUGAACAACAACGAGCUCUUCAAACUCGACUUUAAGCUACUGCCAUGGUCAAAAUUACACAUUUUUGAAUUCAAAAACAACCCGUUUGAUUGUUCCUGUGACUUGUACAACAUCACCCUGGCGCUGUCCAAAGACAUUAUCCGAUCAGAGGACGGCCCUUAUUGCAUGGACCCUAGAACGGACCGCGAAAUGCAAAUUUUUUACUUGAAAAGUGAUAUCUGCUCAGUCAAGAGCAAACAUGUGACUCGGACUGAGUCCAUCGAGUACCAGUUUUCUGUCGUUAGGAUAAGUUUGAUUGUCUUGAGUGUAAUUUUGAUGAUGAUAGCGUUAGUUGCUGCGGUUUUGGGUGUGAUAAAGUACAGGAGGUACCAGAGGAAUAUGAGCUAUCCGUACGCUACGCAGAUUGCGUAUGAUCCCGUUUCUACAAACUCGUCGAGAUUCUGAGCGCGAGGCGCAGCCGAGUUGUUGAACCAAAUGUCGAAUUUUAUGUCACGACCGACCACCAGACUAGAAUUUUUGUAUUUGAAUUGUAAAGUUAACAAAACGUUUUGCUAAGAAUAAACUGGAAUAAAUUA